CAACUUGGACUUAUUUUUACGGUUAAACCUCAACGGGACUGAAUACAUACAAUUCAUUAUUCCCAAAUUCUUUUUACUUCUUCUAAUUCAUGCAUCACAACAACAACAACAACAACGCACAGUGAGUUACAGAUCGGAUUAAGCGCUGACGGCGGAACACGGCGGUGCUGAACAACAUUGCCGCUUGACGCUUUCAUUCUCUCUCAAGGAUGUCUGUUGAUGGGGAGUUUGCCAAUGGCUCAUCCAUCUUAACUGAUGAAAAAUUGCCCGAAGUGGCGAAUUCAGCUAUUGCAUGUGAAAUUGCAUCUAGCAGUGGCACUGCUGUGUCUACAAAAGAAAUUUUGAACUGCCCUGCUGAUAAGGGUCAAAUGGAACAUAAUCCAGCCCCAGAGAUAACAGGCAUUGAAGAAAUGAGUGGUAAAUCCGGUGGUUCGGAAAAAGGAAAUGAUGACGAAAAAUUAAGAAACGUAAGUGCAGAAGCUGCAAACGCAGGAUGCAGUGGAGAGAAGAUACAAUGUGACAAAAGUGUAAAGACUGAAAAUGCAGACACUGACGGUGAUCAAGGGGAACUGAGCAUGGUCGCUGAAAUCAAAGGGGUGAAUGAAAGAGGAGGUGAUUUUGAUGGCGGUGUUAAUUUGAUAUGUGAAGAAAGUGCAAAUGCUGAUAAGGUAGAGAGCAACGGCCAAAAGGUAUGUAGCACAGAGAUUAAAGCCGUUGAAGAAAUUAUGGGUGAAUCUAAUGGUUCAUGGAAAAAUGAUAAGAGCGUGGAUGCGGAAAAAGGGGAUAUCAACAAUUCAAUGGAUGUCGACCCUGUUACUGAGACAAUGGUAAGCAUGGAAGGAAUGAGAGGUGAAUCUACUGGCCCGCACAGAAGUAAUGAUGGCAGAAGAUUAAGUGAAGAAAGUGCAGAUACUGAAAAGCUAGAGAGCAAUGGCCAGAGGAAACCUAUCACUGUGACAGAAAUUAAAGCCGUUGAAGAAAUUAGCGGUGAAUCGAAUGGUUCAAGUAAAAAUGAUAAGAGUGUGGAUGACGGAAAGGGGGGUAUCAACAGUUCAAUGGCUAUCAACCCUGUUACUGAGACAGUACGCAUGGAAGAAACAAGAGGUGAAUCUAGUGGCCCUCACAGAAGCAACGAUGACAAAAGAUUAAAUGAAGAAAGUGCAGGAGCUGAAAAAGCAGUCAGCAGUGAAGACAAGUCAUUAUCUGACCAACUUGAGAAUGCUGGAAAUGAAGACAGUAAAAAACAAUUGGCACCCAACAUGAUCACAAAAAUCAAAGGCAUCAGUGAAAUAGGAGGUAAUUCUAACUGUGAUGUCAAAUUAGUCCGUGAAGGAAGUGUGGAUGCUGUGAAGAUAGAGAUCAAUGGCCAAAGGGCACCUAGCACUGUAACAGAGAUUGGAGAAAUUAGGUCUGAAUCUAAUGGUUCAAGUAAAAUUGAUGAGAGAGCAGAUGCUGAAAAGGCCAGUGGCAACAAUUCAAUGGCUACCAAAAUUGUUACUGAGAUUAGUGCAUUAGAAGAGGAAAUAGGUAAUGAUGAAUUAGUACACCAAGAGAGCACAAACAUUGAAAAAGCGGACAGCCAAGGUCAAAAGAUUUCCCAUAUUGUAAGCGAAAUCAAAGAAAUUGAAGACAUAGAAGGUGAAUCUGAUGUCGCAAACAAAAGGACUGAUGGAAACUCAACGUCUGAAGAUAGAAAGGAUGAUGAAGUGGCGAAUGAUAGCACUCCAGUUCAUAAAGGCAUUGAUGCUGUCACAUCUGGAAAGGAGAGCGUGAAUAGCUUGCAUGAUGAUGUUCAAAACGUGUGCAAUACAGUCUUCGACACUAAAAGCAAUGAUGAAAUUGGAAGUAAAUCUGAUGGUGACAAUAUAGAUGACAAAGCGGUGCACGAAAGAGAUGAGGAUUCCGAAAGAUUGCGUUUUGAUAGUCUAGCUAGUGAAGGGAUGUCCAGUGAUGCUGAACUUUCACAUGGCCCCUCUGUUUUGGCUGAUGCAAGGUUGUCUGAAGUAGAUAAUUCUUUUACUUCGUUCAGCAGAGAUAUGUCUAGCAAUGAUGCUGUUGCAUUGGGAAAUGAAGCUACUGAUAGCUGUAUUUCUCAUGGUCAAAGUCCAGCGGAUAUGGUUCAAGAGAUCAUUGGUAAAGCAGUAGGAAGUGAAUCUAAUGAUGUGGACAGAAGUAGCAAUGACAAAUUGAUGUGUGAAGACUUUGAGGAUGACAAAAGUUUCAACUACAGUAGUCCAGCUGCUGAAGGGAUGUCUUGUAAUGCUGAGUUUUCCCAAGGCCUAUCUACUUCUGUUGAUUCCAAAAUUUCUGAAGUGGGUAAUUAUUGUGCUUCAAAUACUGAAGACGUGUGUAGCAACGACACUGGUGGGGCUGAAAAUGAAGAUUUGAAUAGCUCUACUGAUGACCCCCAACUGCUGGGACCUAACUUGAUCAGAGACGGUAGUGGAGUUGAAAAUUUGGAAGGUGAAUUAAAUGGUGGUGAUAACAGUAUAAACAAGGAAAUACUUAACAAAAAAUGUGAGGAUCCGGAAAAAUCAAACAACAAUUCAGAUAAUGUGCGGGUGCAUAGUGAUGCUGAAUUUUCUAUCGAUCAGUCUGUUUUAGCUGAUGUGAAAUUGUGCAAAGCUGGAAAUUCUUCUGCUUCAAGCAUUAAAGAUGAGUGCCGCGAUGUUGUAUGUGGAAGUACUUUGAAUGACCCGAUUCGUGAAUGUAAAAUGGUGCCCGAUAUGGCUACGGAGUUCAGUGACAUUAAGAAGGAAGGUGAAUCUAGUGUUGCGGACCAAACCAGCGAUGACAAAUUCAUACAUGAAAGUGUGGAUGCUGAAAAACAACCGAGCAUAAGUAUUGACGAAAGGAUGUCUUGCAAUGAUGAAAGUAGCCAGGAUCAGGCUACUAUUGCUGAUUUAGAGUUAUCUGAAGCGGGAAAUACUUCAAGCGGUAGAGAUGUUUCUAGCCUUGAUGCUAUGACAUUGGAAAAUGAGACUUUGACUUGCCCAAUUGAAAUUGAUCAAGAGUCAGCCAACACGAGCAUAGAGAUCGCAGGCAGUGAAGAAAUGACAGGUGGUUCAGACAGGAGUAAUGAUGACGAACUUAAAUGUGAACAAAGUGGGAAUGCUGAAAUUUCAAAGACUAACGAAGUGUUGGUCUCUUCGGCUGAAUGUUCCUCUGUGGAUGUUGCUGCUGUAAAGGAUAUAAAUCAGAUUGCAGCAAAGGGAUUUUACUUCCUGAUCAGGAUGCCAAGAUUUGAUGAUGAAAAGAUACGAGAAUGCAUCAAAGUUGCCGAGCAAAAUGUUGAUGAGAAGACACAGCAAAGGGAUGCAUUUAGACAAAAAAUCAGAAAUAAAAGAGCCAAUUGCCAAACCCAUGGUACUGAAUUUGAAGCUGCCAAAGCUCAAGAGAGAGAUGCUAGAAAGCAAGUCAGGACAAAGCGUGCAGAUAUCUCGUCACUUCAAGAUAUAAUUGAUAAAGCAAAGAAUGCAGUUGCCGUUACUGAGAUUGAUAAUAGGAUUUGUAAUAUGGAGCACAUUAUUGGACAUGAAACUGUACCUCUAAAGGAGGAAAAGCUUCUAAUUCGUGAAAUCAAGCAACUGAAGCAGCUUCGUGGACAGCUUUCCUCUAACAUUGGCAGCCAGGAUGAAGUGCAGAAGUCUCUGGAUGAGAGAGAAGUAAACGAAGAGCGAUUGAGGGCCUUGAAGAAAGAGCUUGAUAGCCUCAAAGUCAAGGUCUCAAAAGCUGAAACAAUUGCGAUGGCAGCUAGCCGAAAAUUUGAAGAUGAGAGUCGAAAGCUCAAAGAAUUGCAAGUACAGUUUAAAGCUGCAGAUGAUGUUCGCCAAGAAGCAUAUGAAGAAUUGCGGAAUUUAAAAAAGGGACUGUAUGAGAAGAAUAUUCAUUUCCGGACAUACAAGGAUGAAGCGACUUUGGCUAGUGAUCAUGCGCGAAAGAGAGAAAUGGAGACUCUUAAUCAUCUCUGUGUGGAUCAGGUUGAAAGGUACAUGGAUCUUUGGAACAAGAAUGAUGAGUUCAGAAAAGAUUACAUCAGGUGUAAUACAAGGAGUACAGUAAGGAGAUUUGGGACCUUGGAUGGUCGUUCACUUGGUCCUGAUGAGGAGCCAGCUGUUCUUCCCAGUUACCGGGUGGAAAGAGUUAAUAGGAUGGUAUCUAGUGUAGAUAAAGUUAGUAGUAUGUCACAACGUCCGGUCUCUCAGCAAGUAAAACAAGUAGUAGUUCUUAAGGAUGAAAUUAAGGAUGACAGUAUUGUUGUGCCAGCAGCCGAAGGGAUGAAACAGGUUGAGAAAACGAAAGAGGCUCGCAAACCAAUUCAAAGAGAGAGUACGGUUGAGGAGCCAAAAGAGGCCGAGCCUGAGCAAACUGCUGAGGAGCUAGAGGCUGCUAGAAAGGAGGAGGAACUGAGAAAGCGUGAGGAAGAAGCAAGGUUGAAAGAGCAACGGCGGUUGGAAGAGAUUGCAAAGGCUAAGGAGGCAUUAGAAAGGAAAAAACGCAAUGCAGAGAAGGCCCAACUGAGAGCUGAAAUGCGAGCCCAGAAGGAAGAAGAGCAGAGACUCAAGGAGAAGGAGAAAAAACUGCGGAAAAGGGAAAGGAAGAAGGGCUCCGUAGGUGAAACACAGAGCGAAACUAAUGAUGGUGAAGCUGCUUUGAUUUCUACCAGCCUAAGAGAAACUGUCAAGGAGCCCGAUGCUACUGAGAAUUCUCAAACACUGACUAGGAGAAAACAGAAAUCGUCUCAAUACACAAAACAGAUGAAGACUAAAUCCAUUCCUCCCCCUCCUCGUAUCAAAGGUAAAAGGAAAUGGCAGCAGUGGCUUUGGUUAUUUCUUUCUUGCGCAGUCGUCAUUGCUCUGUUCUUCCUAGGAAAUAUCGGCUUCUUCUCCCAUCUGAGGCCACCAAAAAACCCUGCAUAUUAGGGUCAUUACCUUGUUAGAUCUGGCUUGGAGUGAAGACGACAGGUUUGUUUUAUAUCUUACAGAUGAAGUGAGGAGAGAGACCAUUCUUUCGUUCUAUAUAUAUACAUAAUAUAUGUUGGUUCAUCAUAGAUUUGAACAUUUGGUUCUUAGUAGAGUGAGCAGAUGUUUUUAAGCAACAUAGAACAUAAUAUUGGUAUUUAUUACUUUAUUACAAAAAAAAAAACCCGAUACUUAAUAAUCCUAUUGUUUUUAUUGUGUUUAAUGGUAAAGUAUUAUCCAAUA